UUCACCACUGGAGGACUCUUGUGCUUCUCAUUUGCUGGAGUUUGAAGGACCACUGCUUCAGUUUGACUUUUGGAAACAGAGAGUAGACCAGAAUAAACACGAAGGAUGGAGGAAAAGAGAGCACAGAAAAGAAGAAAGUGUUAAAACAGACAGGAGUUGUGUAAGGAAGCGGGGGAAGCCAGCUGGAAAAAAAAUAGACGAGAAAAAGUGUGCAAGGGCAGAGAAGUAGUAGGAAGUGUUCUCUAGCAAGUGAAAAACUUGAAGAGUAAGACCGACAAGCAAUUCUAAGGGACACUGGAAGAGUAAAAGCCCUGGCGGCCCACAUGCCCAUCGAGUUUGUGUGCAAAAUCAAGUUUGCAGAGGGAGAUGAGGCCAAAGCGACCCCAUCCAAAGGAGGUGGCAGCCACACCAUGGACAAAGGGGCAGGCAUGGCUGACCUGGCUGCUUUCGCCAGCUCUUCCUCCCUGCAUGGCUUGGCCCAGGUGAUGGGGUCAUCAACAUCGGGCCGGGCAAGCAUGAGGCGGACAGUGUGGGCACUGGCCCUGCUGGCAUCACUGAUGCUUUUCCUAUAUCAAGCAUCACGCAGCACAGGUACUUACCUGGAGCACCCUCAUGUGGCCGCGUUGAACGAGGAAAACCGACGUGAGCUCACUUUCCCCGCCAUCACCCUGUGCAACGUCAACCGCUUCCGUUUCUCUGCACUUACUGAUGCUGACAUUUACCACCUGGCUAACAUGACCGGGUUGCCGCCGAAAAGCCGUGGUGGCCACCGACCAGGUGAGCUGCAGUACCCACCGCCUGACAUGCUGGACAUCUUCCAGCGCACGGGCCACCAGCUCGAUGAGAUGCUCAAAAGCUGCAACUUUAGCGGACAAAACUGCUCGGCAAAUGACUUUAGAGUGGUAUACACGCGCUAUGGGAAAUGCUACACCUUCAACGGUAACAAGACCUCACCAAAGCGGACACGGCAGGGGGGCAUGGGGAAUGGCCUGGAGCUGAUGCUGGAUAUACAACAAGACGAAUACCUCCCCAUCUGGAGGGAGACCAACGAAACCACUCUGGAGGCUGGGAUCCGUGUUCAGAUUCAUAGCCAGGAUGAGCCUCCCUACAUCCACGAGCUGGGCUUUGGAGUCUCACCAGGAUUCCAAACCUUUGUGUCCUGCCAGGAACAGAGGCUGUCGUACCUGCCGCAGCCAUGGGGAAACUGCCGCGCAUCGUCAGAGCCAGUGAUCCCUGGAUACGACACCUACAGCGUGAGCGCCUGCAGACUGCACUGUGAGAGCGUCCAUGUGCAGAGAGAGUGCAACUGUCGAAUGAUACAUAUGCCAGGAAACGCGGAUAUCUGUCCACCGGCAAAAGUGAAAUGUGUCGACAGAGCACUUGCUUUGCUGGAGGUUAGUGCCGGAGAUUCCUGUGUGUGUGAGACCCCCUGUAACAUCACACGCUAUGGAAAAGAGCUCUCUAUGGUUAAAAUCCCCAGCAAAGGGUCGGCACGAUACCUCUCACGCAAGUACCACAAAACCGAAGAGUAUAUCAGGGACAACUUCCUCGUCCUGGACGUUUACUUUGAAGCGCUCAACUAUGAAACGAUUGAGCAGAAAAAAGCAUACGACAUAGCUGGACUUUUAGGGGACAUUGGAGGGCAGAUGGGACUUUUCAUCGGCGCGAGUGUUCUCACAAUAUUAGAGAUACUCGAUUACAUCUAUGAGGUGAUCAAAUAUAAGAUCAAAAGAGUACUGAGGCCACAAAAGUACCAGAACCAGCAGAGCCAGAGGAACCAGGUGCCAAGAACAAAGAACCUCCGUGAUCUGAACCUUAAGGCCCAGCUAACACCAAGCACCAUUGCAACAGUUAGACUAGAAGAAUAUAAGCCCAGAGAUGCUAGUGAUGGGAUGAGAGCUCAACCACACAGUGUAUAUCCAGCUUCAGUGUUACCAAACCAUCACACACAAGCCUCUGGACAGCAGGACUUUGCUUGCUAGGAGAUGAUUUUUUUUUUUUUUUUUAGUUUUCUGGCACCAUCUACAACAAAGUUCUCAUUUGACUUUUGGCCCUUGGU